GCUGAAAUCCGGCUGCCCAUACAGGAACAAUAUAUUUCAUGUGAGCACAACAACACAGCUACCUAUUACAGAUGCUUCCUCACUGACUGCGAUGAAUAUAGAGUGCUGCUAGCGAUGAAUAUAACGUAGCUACUAACCUUUGAUAUCUCUGCGGUGCGUCCCGCGGCAUGAACGCGCAGGUCGCCGGCUAACAUCGUGCUCAAGGGCGUGUCGACCCUGAAUGCGUUGACACAGAUGCUAGUGCGCACCAUGCUUCCCCUUCACCGAUAGGACGCUUAUAGAUUGGCCAUGUAGCCUCCGAUGCUCAUAAGCCGCUUUAUGAUCAACCUACGGACGGUCAGCUCGGAAGCACUGAACCACUCCGGGUGCAAUAGUGAUCAAGGCCAGGGAAAGUCGACGGUGCGGUUUAGAAUGUCACAGAGUGUGCUGGGCAAUAUUGGGGAGACGCUCCAGAGUGGCUGGGAUGACAACGAACCUCGGGACGAAGAAGAUGACAUUGAGGAAGUGGAUGGAGCACGGCGUGGUGAGAACGACGCAGAAGUAUACUCCAACGCAGAAGGCUGCACUUGAAUAUGUUUUGUUCCGAAAAAAUAGCGAAACCUGCAGCGUAUUAAGGUAUUUAAGCAGGGAGCUCGAAGCUCAGAAUAUCGAAGAUACCCAUUCUGUGGUCUUAGGUCUCUCGUCGCAAGUCACUUCUCCGCACAAGUCUCGGCUUAAAUCGCUGGGUGCAUCUGCUGCUCACCUCGGUACAUUAACGACAGCGAUGCCUCCGAGGAACCUCACACGGAUUUCGGACCUUUACUUACCAUAUCCUCCACUGCCGCCUGUUCUCCAGCUGCCUCAACCUCGCCCAAAAUCGGUGUGGAGGUGAGAUUCGGUGAGAUUCGGUGAACUGAUUGACAAUUUAUGCUCGAGGGGGAAAGAGGUCGGUGUAUGCGGGGGGAAAGCGUAUGCGGGGACGAAAAACCAACCCGCGCGGGAAGCGAACUCUGACAACAGAGUCGUUGCGAACGCCAAUACCUGUCAAAUUAGUAUUCAGUAGCUCUGUUUGCAUGCUCCAAUACUUACUUGCUCGUGCCCGCGUUCGUCGCGGUCUGACUCAAUACUCGACUCGGGUGCGUGUCUGAGAGAAAAGUUUGGAGAAAAGGUGCAAAGGCGCUCCAUUUGAACGUGGGGGAUCGUCUUCAUAUUACACGCAACAUGUCGCUCUGCUGUUGUGCUUUUGGCCAGAAGGACGAUUGAUAUAUAGUG